CUUGCUUAAAUUAUGCAAUAACUUCCUGCUAUCAUACCUUACGGUUACCAAGGCCCUGACUACCAAGUGGUGGAACAUUAUUUAAAGUUUAAGUGUUGAAUACCGCGGCUUCAUUGUGUGGAGAUAUAAUUCGCUACUUAUAUUGACUCUAUUCGUCGUAACCUAUCUGGAUCUUAGUGAGAUCAAUGACUAUCAUUCACAUAUUCAAGAUAUGCAGCAGAUACAUCUAGCCAUGUCAUCAGAGACAUCUAGCUAUGUCAUCAGAGACAUCUAGCUGUGUGACUAGAGACAUCUAUCUAUGUGAUCAGAGACAUCUAGCUGUGUGACCAGAGACAUCUAGCUGUGUGACCAGAGACAUCUAGCUGUGUGACCAGAGACCUCUAGCUGUGUGAUCAGAGACAUCUAGCUGUGUGACCAAAAGCUGUGCAAUGUCCGAGUGAGAUAUCUUAUGCAAUGCUACAAACGACUUCCAAUACUUGAAAAUUGUAAGACUUUCCAUCUACGGACUACAGCUAGUAUGGCAACUCAGCAGACGAUCAGACUGAAACAGACAGGACGUUGCUACAGGCUGGUGCCGACAGGAUCGAUAACUACUAGAACUGAUAAGAUUCUUACUGAGACCAAGAAAACCAGUGUCCGCCAUGUCAAGGUGGUGACAACGUCCAGACAAGGCGGUCAAAAAGUGGUCAGCGUGGACAAAAAGGUAGUAACUACCACCUCCACCACCAAUGGCCAGGUGAUACUUCGCCAGAUGCCACACAACGCCAUGGUCAGCACGGACGAUCAAACGCCUCUACGAACUAGACUGACCUCUAGCGUUGGCAGUGGAGAACUUCGACAACAUUUAAAGAAUGACAAUGGAGGCGAUGUAACAGAUCAAGAAGUUACAGUCGGUGGUUCUUCGUUUUUGACACACGCCAAAUCUCACGCGCAUCUCUCAGAUGACAAGAUGGAGGUAGCUUCUUCAAGUACGAAUCUGGCUAACGAAUCGUGUCCACGUGAAAAAGAUAUAAUUACAGGUCACGUGGUGGCGUUUCCAAACACCACAGUGACCUCGCGUGGUCAUCCAUUUUACACAGUGCGUGAGUAUACAAGCAACACUGCCGGCUAUGAUCAGCAUCUCUCGUAUUCCAUGUCAUCAAAUAACAAUAUGCGACUUAACAUUCAUAAUGAGCGCGAGGCUAAUAAUUCAUUGGCUAACGGGAACAGCAUCUACAAAUCAAAUAUUGCAAGUGCCCUGCCCAUCAAAGCGGAGAGCACGGCGACAAAAAACGCCCCGAAAGCAUCGCUUUCAUUCGACGUUGCGUCAUCCUCGUCCACGGUGUCAGCGCCCGAUUCCACGUGCGAUUCCGAUCCUCAUAAAAACGGUACCCAACGUACGUCAGAGAUGAUCGCGCGCAACACGACAAGGAAAACGGCUUACGUCCGUCCCGGGUUAGUGGGUAAUCGAUUCGCGGGUUCGCAGCCAACCAGAUGCGACGGCUCGGCUGAUGUCAUGAGGCAAACGUCAGCAGCAGACGGCUCGGGAGCCAAAAGACCUUUUCUUGACAUGCGCUCCAUCUGGGAUAUAGGUCAGCCGAUUGUCUCUACACGAUCGCCUAGGAAACCAAUUACUUGUUAUAAAGAUUACAUCAGUUAACAAAAAAAAAAGGUGAACACCUUCAUUUGGUUUCAACAGUUUAAAAAACUGUAAAUAAUAAUAACGAAUUUUUACUUUAAUUAAAAUAUAGGAGAACAUUUCUAUAACUGGUUAUGUGAACACCUCUGACACCUCUUUGUUGAAUACUGACUUGACCUGAUGAGAUAAUUAGCUUUACAUUAAACAAUGUGUUACUUAAUAAAGUUAGAACAGAAAAAAAAAUCAAUAAACAAAAAUACUAAAUUAGUCAAUUUAUUAUUGGUAAUUAAUUAUUUUGUUUGAUAUUGAAAAAGAUAAAUUAAUUAAAGAUUAUUGAUAGAUUUGGUUUUAAGGGCGGAGUUCUUCUCCUUUAGAUAAGCUUUGUUGUUGUUUUUAAAGGAAGUUUUUAUAUUUUGUUUGUUUCUUUGUGAUUUUGUUGUUCUUUUGGGCCGCUGGAAUUGUUUGAGAAUUAUUGUUAUUACCUUGAGAGCACGUGCAUGUUUUCAAAAUGUUCACCGACUCCUGUCGGAAUCUUCACUGAUUUCAGUCUUCACUGACUCUUGUGGGGACGCCCACUGAUUCACUGACUCAAGUGGCGAUGAUUAGUAACGGAUGAUAGAGACUUACUUAUCUAAACUGCAAUGAAUACAAUUAAAAGAAAAGA